AUGAGUAUCUCAACUACUCAAGCCAUCAUGGACAAGGCUCCAGAAACUCCCACUGGGAUGCCACCACCCGCCGACGUCUCAGCCGAUUUCGAGGAUGCACUCAACUCCAUUGCGCUGGGGAACAACAACGCGGACCCAGGCGAUCCGGAAAUCAUCCCUUUUCGAAACAAGAGUCCUCCCGUGACACCGCAAAAAACCAUGCCGAUCAGUACGCGCGAAGACGGGGCUCUCGUCGAACUGGAGAGCGAAAGAGGAAGACAAGAAGUCAAGGGCAGCGUCAUCCUGUCAUCCACCGCGGCAAAGAGGAAGAAGAAGAAAAACAAGACCAAAGCGGCCCAUGCCGCCCAAGCACUGAGUACUGUCAGGGGGUUCACUCCCGUUGACUCGGGAGCUGAAGAGUCGGACGUGUCACGCAACAGCCCACGGGUUUUGUCACCUAUCCCUCGUUUGCCUGCAUUGGCUGGUGCCAGCCCAGGACUGAGACCUCAGUCGCCGGGUGUCAGCGGCUUAAAGGCCCAGCUUGAUGCUCUGAAUUCUCGCAGUCAAAGCCGCUCUAACUCGCGCGUGCGCAAUACCCUGGAUUCGGAGGCGAACAGCAGCGCCGCCAGUGCAGCGUCGGACACCCAAGGGGAGGAGCCGCACGAAGAUAUGGUCAGCUACCAUGUCCAGAUCGAUCAAGACUUCGUCAGUCAAUCGCUGGCGGAGACCGAAGUCGCUUCGGCGGCAUCUACUGCCACGAUGGACGCAGAUCAGCGCGCGACUUCGAUGAUUGUCCGCAAGAUGACCGCGGCAGAUUUCACUCCGAUCCGCUGCCUCGGAGAUGGGGCCUUUGGAACGGUGCUUCUUGUGCGACAGAAUGCCACGGGUCGUCUGUUUGCUCAAAAGCAACUCACGAAAGCAUUCCUCAAGGUUCACAAGAAGCGGAUUGAAUCAACCAUGUCCGAGCGCAGCAUUCUCGAGUUGGUCAAUCGUCAUCCAUUCAUUGUCAAUCUCUACUAUGCCUUCCAGGACCACGAAAAGCUAUACUUGAUUCUUGAAUAUGCCUCAGGCGGUGAACUGUUCCGUCACCUGGAAUUGGAAAAGUUCUUUUCAGAGGAAGUGGCUGCAUUUUACAUCGCCGAGAUUGUUUUGGCACUGGACUAUCUCCACAACACAGUUGGCGUCAUCUAUCGUGAUCUCAAACCGGAGAAUUGCUUGUUGAACGCCGAGGGCCAUUUGCUGUUGACAGAUUUCGGUCUGAGCAAGGUCGCUGUGCAGGAUCCGAGUACCCCGGGCGGGAGUCGUUGCAACAGUCUGGGUGUGGGCACGAUCGAAUACAUGGCUCCUGAGAUCAUUAGAGGCAGUGACGAAUCUGACUGGGGUCCGGGAUACGGGAAAGCAUGCGACUGGUGGUCGUUGGGUGCGAUGGCUUGCGAUCUUAUGACGGGCAAACCUCCCUUUGGUGGCGGCAGUUGGACUAAGAUCCAGCAGAACAUCAUGUACCAAAAGCUGAGCCUCCCCUACUUCCUAUCGCCAGACGCCAAAGACCUUCUCACGCGACUAUUGCGCAAGGAGCCUAAGAAGCGACUUGGAGUUGGUCCUAACGACAUCAACGUCAUCAAGAAGCACCGAUUUUUCCGGAAAAUCGAUUGGAAGAAGUUGGAGGCCAAGGAGCUCGAACCACCCAUCAGGCCGCUGGUCACCAACCCGGAGUUGGCCGAGAACUUUGCCAAAGAAUUCACUGAUAGGGCGAUCGACACUCUUACGCGACGACACAGCCGAACAUUGAGCAAGUCUGAUCCAUUUGGGGGGUUCAGCUAUGUUGCGAGCAGCAGUUUACUUGAGGAAUCGAUGCUUUUGGAAUUGGACGAAGCCAUCAUCGACGAAGACAUCUAG